CACAACAUCCAUUCACUUUUCAUUCGUUUGAGUCGAAUUCAAUUCAUCGUGAUAAUCUACAAUUAUAUGUUCAAGGUUUUCGACGAGGUGAACAAGUGUAUGGCACAGUAAUGACUAUACAAAUAACUGAACCCACAUCGUUUGAAUUAGAAUGGGAGAACAUUGAUAAAGUCGUGUGGACGACAUUUGGUGGCACAAAACAUGAAGGAUAUCACCGAGACGUGAAAAACUUUACAAUAACUUGUAUAAAAAUUACAAACUAA